GUUAAGGUGUGUGCGAUACAAAAAGAAAUACAAUCUGAGAGUAGAAUCAGAGACUGCGUAAACUAUUUUUCUCAAAGACCCUUGUUCAUCUAUCCAACUCGGCACAGAUCUUGGACAACAAACUAAAAUGGGAAAGGAUGCAAAAGGUGGUGGAAAAGGGAAAGCAAAGGCAGCUAGUAGUGAAGUUGGAGAUGCAAAGGGAAAAGCAAAAGCUGGAAAGGCUGGAAAGGCCGCUGACGGUCUUGGCACCUGCACAUAUGUAAAAGCAAGGCAUAUUUUAUGUGAAAAACAAGGUAAAAUCAAUGAAGCGUACAAGAAGCUCCAGGAUGGAUGGCUUAGUAAUGGAGAUAAGGUUCCUCCUGCUGAGUUUGCAAAGAUAGCAGCUGAAUAUUCAGAAUGCCCAUCAGGGAAGAAAGGUGGAGACCUUGGAUGGUUUCCACGUGGAAAGAUGGCUGGACCAUUUCAAGAUGUUGCUUUUAACACUGUUGUUGGAGCUACCAGCCCACCAUUUAAAUCAACACAUGGAUAUCACAUCAUCUUAGCCGAAGGUCGGAAGAACUAGAAGAUCUAAUCAGCUUUGUAUGAUCUCCUUGACAAUUAAAUAAAGAUGAUAUUGUGUUUAACCAGUCUAAUGUAUUUUCUAUCUUGAACAUAUGGAACACUUUCGGAUUUUGCAUUUUGCUUCAAGAAUCCGUCUUUAUUCGGUAAAUCUCUCAAUGAAGUGAUUUUUGCCGCUUUUCUUAA